AUAAGCUUUAUUUACCAAUGUCUUCAUUGUAAGGCAGUAUAAAUUGGUUCAGAUUCACAGUUGACCAAUUCAACAACAUGCAAAAUAUUGCUUUAGAAACGUGGACAUCGGUUUCGAGAACUAAUCUUGGAGGAUUUAAUAAUUCAACUAAAACUAAUGUAGGCCUCCGCCAAUUUCAAAAGAUAUACGUUUUCAGGCAGAUGUAUUAAAUUCCAAUCAGUUAAUAUUUUUCCCACGAUCAAUGGAUCCGAUACUUUGGAAAGCAUCAAUUGCAUGGCUUUUACUACCUAAUGUAAGUACGUCAAUAGGUUUCGAUUUCAUAAUAUUGAUAGGCAGAAAACCGAUAAAUAAUUGUUUUACUACUGUCAAGAAUCUUUGGUCAUGCGAGUUUUUCAUUAACAUUUUCAAUUGACUUUUGUUGAAUGUUUAAAAAAAAAGGCGGCCAGGAUGAUGCAGGGAACUUUAAUGAACUAUUCAAUAGUAAUGACUAUUUAAGAACAAGCAAUGGUAUACAUAACUGGUUAAUAAAAACGAUGUGUGUCUAUUAGUGGAAUCUUAAUCUCCACAUGGCUUGUCUAAUGAAAAUAGUUUGAAAUAUUUGAACUAAUAUUACUGUUUUUUUAAAGUGUGAAAUCAAAAGGGGUUCUAACAGCUAGGAUCAUCCAUCAACUAGGAGUAUAGUCCUACGACCUAAUGAAUGUAAAUGUCUGGAUAGUUUCGACAGACAAUGACCUUGGCUAAAUGCUGCCUUGUUGUCGUCCCUCUGAUGUGCACUGGGGAUCAAUCAGAGAGUUGUUAAGAUGGCUGGAGUCAAAGGGCAGCUGUCCACUAUAAAUGCCCUGUUUUCUUCUGUCUGGACUUCUGUCUGCUCACAGCAUCAUUUCAAACCAAGAUAAGCUAGAAGGAGGCUGACUAGUUGAUGCCAUCUUCUCUUUACUUUUCAACGUGACUUAACGCUACAGUGGAAACACCGCUUGUCAAAAAUGGAAUGCUUGGCAUGGCUCAUCAUUUGCGCGCUCCUCGUCUGCUUUUUCAGGCUUGGCAGUUCGGAGAAACUGUCGCACCAUUCCCGGUAUCACAAGAGCGCACCCGAGUCCAGUUUAGGAAAUCUAAAUUCGUACCAUCCCAGCAGGUACCCUCUCUACAUGAUGCAGCUGUACCGCUCCUUCAAGGCUGCAGACUCCUCACAGUCCACGGCUGUCAACACCGUCAGCGCAGCCGAUGCCAGCCACUUACUGCGGCAUUCUGACUCCGUCAUCAGUCUCAUAGCAAAAGGUUGCCAUCAAGUGGGUGAGAAAUGGACCGUCACUUUCGACAUGUCCUCCAUCUCUGCGACUGACGAUGUCCAGCUGUCAGAGCUUCGGGUCAGACUACCAGCUUUCUCCGCCUCCAAGCGCGUCACAUUGGACAUUUAUCACUCGCGAAAGCAGGACUGCGAGUCUGACACUGAAAUGUGCCGCGACGAGCGCCUUCUCUUGGGCAGCUUUGGCGCAUCGCCCAGUGACAACAAGUCUCCAUUGAACGUUUUCAAUGUAACAGCUCUGCUCAAAUAUUGGUUGCACCAGGGAGACGCAGUGACGGAGAGUCAAGAAGCAAGAGUUGGAGAUGUGAUGGAGGAAGAUCACGGGAGUGGGGUAGAUGGAGAGAUCGACAUGCCCUACAUUAAGCAUUUUACGCACAGGCGAAGGAAGGUUCACCAUCCGACAGCCGAACGGGUUAUGAUGGUUGUCUUCUCCAAGCACAACCUGCCUCGGGAUGGCGAGAGCGCACCCACUCUCAUCCGUACUGUGGAGCACUCCAAAUACGCAAUUUUGGACCAAGUCAGCGAUGAAGCUCAAGGGCGACGCCACAAGAGAAACCGAAUGGAGAGAGUGCGGAUGGCUGGCGGAAUUGCAGCGAAUGCUACUGGGUCACUGGCUGAAGCCGUCCAACGCCCACUAUGUCGGAAGGUGGACAUGUGGGUAGAUUUCGACCAGAUCGGCUGGAACGAGUGGAUUGUGUAUCCAAAGCGCUACAACGCGUUCCGUUGCGAGGGCGAGUGCCCUACUCCGGUGGAUGAAUCCUUCAGUCCCACCAACCAUGCAUACAUGAAGAGCCUGUUGAGACUGUUCCAUCCGGAUCGUGUGGGGUGUCCCUCCUGCGUGCCUACGCGCCUCAGCCCGCUGUCCAUGCUGUACUAUGGUGAUGAAGACCUGGUGUUACGGCAUCAUGAGGACAUGAUCGUGGAGGAGUGUGGCUGUCACUGAUACCCCAGCCAUGUCACCUCACCCUGUAACCAAAAAUACCACUUAUUUAAAACGCUUCACUUAGAAUGGCAUGUUGUGCAUCAUGAAAUGACUAUUAUUGAAGGUGUCCAUCUGAUUCAAUUUAUACUUCAGGCUGUUUGUGGUCUGUAACAUGGAAGAUCCAUUUCUUUGAUACUAUAUCUUAUACAGUCAUCAUAUCAGGUGUUCUUAUCUGAAACAGCAUUGCAUCUUAGAUGUGUCCUUAGAUUGAGCCAAUGUAUUUACUUUAUGAUAAAGAUGUACUGUUAUUUAUUUGAAUAUUUCAAGAAGAAAGACUUCACUUUUUGGGUCGUACUUUGGCUGUAUGCAUUUAUAUCGGCAGUUUUGGUAUUUAAGAAGUUUAUAAAGGAAUAUUCUGCCAAAAUGGUAUCUUGUUAUGAUUACUUUGUCACUCAUUUAUUAAAGAUAUUUUUGUACAUUGAAAAAAAUAUAUAUUAAAGCAUUUUAUUCUGUUAA